UUUGCGUCCGAUGUAGCGGGCGGGGUUGUGGGGGAGGCCUCAGUCCCCGUAGCUUUAACAGUUUUCUGGGGGUGAUACCAGCGUUUCUUCAGCCGUUAUUCACCACCUGCUUACCAAGAUGCCCUGGGAAUGCACACGGAAAUGAUGGCGUCUUCCCUCCGAGAAACAACAGUUUAGCGAGGAGACAAACGAAUAGGCCCAUAGGGCGCCGUGGCUGUGAACCUAGGAGUUCGAGGCCAGCCUGUAUCACACAGUGAGACAUUGUCUCAAACGGAACAACACGAAUAGGCACAUGAUUAACGUGCUCGGUAUUAAAAAGGAGCUGGUAUAACAGAUAGGAAGCCCGGGCUCUUGUUGCUCUAGUAAAUGGACUCUGAAGGAGGGAGGAAGGCAUAAGUCAUCAAAAGACUUGAAAGAACACAGGAACUACCUUACCUGUUCAAUGAGUUUGUGACUGGAGUCUGAUCGUGGUAGAAGAGGUUUGGUGCGAUAGAAACCUGCUUGUCUAUGAAAUGCAGUUAACACAUCAGCUGGACCUAUUUCCCGAAUGUAGGGUGACCCUUCUGUUAUUUAAAGAUGUAAAAAAUGCUGGAGACUUGAGAAAAAAGGCCAUGGAAGGCAGCAUUGAUGGUUCAUUAAUAAAUCCUACAGUGAUUGUUGACCCAUUUCAGAUACUUGUGGCAGCAAACAAAGCAGUUCACCUCUACAAAUUGGGAAAAAUGAAGACACGAACUCUAUCUACUGAAAUUAUUUUCAACCUAUCCCCAAAUAACAAUAUUUCAGAAGCUUUGAAAAAAUUUGGUGUCUCAGCAAAUGACACAUCAGUUUUAAUUGUUUACAUUGAAGAGGGAAAAAACCAAAUAAAUCAAGAGUACCUAAUAUCUCAAGUGGAAGGUCUUCAGGUUUCUGUGAAAAAUCUUCCUGAAAUAACAAAUAUUUCAGAAGUCAAAAAGAUAUAUAAAUUGUCACAAGAAGAAAGCAUUGGGACAUUAUUGGACAGCAUCAUUUGCAGAAUGUCAACAAAAGAUGUUUUGUGAAAUGUUAGAAAUAUUAACAGAAAUUGUCAUCAUUAAAGAAAACACUUUUUUAUCGCUACAUUUGUAUAUAUUCAAAUACUUUUAUGUAAUUAGAAGAAAAAUUGCAACCAUUUAUUGAGCACCUACAGUGUGUUGGGUUCUUACUUUAGCAAUUCUAUAUCCACCAGCUCACAUCCCACCCCUACUUCAGCCUACUCCAUCACUCCCCUUCUGAGCUUCUGGAUGCUGUUUUGUAUUUUAUGUGUAUUUAAUUCUCACAGCAGACCUACAAAGUGCUUUUACUCCCAUUUUAUAUAAGGAGCAACUAAAAACUUGUAGAAACAAUCUGAAAGCUCUGGGUUCAAUCCCUAAUACCACCAAAAAAAAAAAGGUGAGAAAAAAGAAAGCAGUUGAGGCCUGGGGCUUUUGGAGGGGUUCCUGGUGACACAAAUUACUGCGAGGUAAAGGAAGGAACUAUAUUUUGAGUAAAAAUUGUUAGGUUAAAAAAAAUUGUAGCACUAUUAAGUCAUUUAAGGUCACACAACUAGAGUAUAGUCGUGUUUGAUAAAUAAUUGGAUUUUCUUGUCACCUGUGUUUUUUAUUGUGUCAGUCAAGAUAGGUUUGAUCAAGACUCAGCAAACUCUCUGAACAUGGUGGUACACAUCUGUGAUCCUGACACUCAGGAGGCUGAGGCAAGAGGAUUACUGUAUGCUUGAGACCA